CGCUGAGGCGGGCUUCCUGUGGUUUCUGGGCGCUGCUUGCUGCUUCGAACUGUUGCACGGUUUGUUUGAUAUUUCAGAUUUAGAAGUAAAAAUGGAAAACGCUGGUCUUUGGAAACUUACAUUCGGAACGUAACUACAUGUUGCAACGCCUGCAAACCAGUUUUCAUCGACUAAAGCCAAGUUGGAGCAGAACAGAAGUCUCGGCCCGCUUCUGCAGUGUUGAAUAUAUUACAGAUGGUGUUCACCUGAACUAAAAUCAAGCCACAUUUGGCAGUCACCCUACUCCAUUCAAAACAUGGCAGACAGUUUUUACAAGUUGGAGGAUGAAGCCUUCCCAAGUUUCCUCUGCAAAUCCCUGGACAGCACCAGCGGCCGUGCCACACUGGGGAAUGUGACAUUGGGUUCAGGCCCGGGACUGCCAGUGGCUGCUUCUACAGUUGCUAAAAUUAGACCUGGGUCUGACAACAGAGGAGAUUCUGUUGAGGCAUCAUAUCUGGAGGGCAGAGAGCUGCAGCAGACCAACCCACAGUCAUCUGUUGGAGAACAGCCUAAGUUUGCCCUAAGCUUCAAAGAUGACUUGGACAAUGCAGAUGACUUCAUUGCAGCCCACCGUUUUUCAGACAUGCUGGUGAAGAUUAAUCUGGAUGAGUGUACAUCCAGAAACCAAGGCUCCAUGCUGGGCCCUCUUCCCACCCAGGCAGGCUCAGUCAACGGCCGGCCCACAGAACUUGGAACAGAUCUGUCAACAGGACUUUUGACCUUUGCCCAGUUUGGACAUAAGGAUAGUACAGAUAUAAAGUCCAUGGAGCCAUCUCAGGUCUUACCAGCUCCAGUUGAGGACAACCAUGUCCAGAGUGACGGAAUGGACAGUGAUCAUUUUAGUGGCAGUAACUCAAGCUUCCUGGCAAAUGAGAAGCUCAUGUCUGUGGACAGCAUGAACAGUGAUAUCACAGAUGAUGAUAUUGAUUUAAACAACCUGCCUGAUGAUGAGCUGGAGCUGUACUUCAAUAAACUGGUCCCUCCUGCCAUGCAGAGAGGCAGAGUUGAGGGUCAGGAGAUUCCUGCAACAGAAGUGGCGGGUGCUGCUGAUGACCGAUCAAACCCUAUUUCUGCCGAGCCUGAACCUUACAGACACCAGUUUCUUGGUCAUUAUGAUCAGGAGGACUUCCGGAUGCCUGAUGUGCGCCUGGCUGCUACAGGAAUGGACUCCUGUCCAGCCAGUGACGAGGACACCGAGGAUGAGCUGGAAUCUGCAAGAAGGACCAGUAAUGCUUCUAGGACACGGUUGCUGCCAAGCAUGUCCAGACAGCUGGUCGGAGAAAGUAACCGUCCAAGUUUCAGACCUGGCUUAGAAGGGGGCAGUUCGGAUGACGAGGGUUCCAGUGGCCACGGUGGUCCAUUUCUGUCUGGCAUUGAACACAGACGAUCUGCUGAAGGACAAGUCAUCAAUCCUCCUGUCACAGGUGAUGGAGGAGGUGGAGAUGGGAGCAGUGGCAGUGAGGAAAGUGGAAAUGAUGGAGGAGUGUCCACCAUUCCCCUUCCAGCGACUAACAUCCAGACCACUUAUGAUGCGCUUCGUGGUCUGGGGAUUGUGGGUAGCAGUGCUGUUGGUGAAGAUGGGGAUGAUGAUCUGAAUAGUCUGCUUGGACAUGGAAGGAACAGCCUUACCAGACACACUGAGAUGGGGGACCGGGUUGGUCCUGUUGGAACAGGUGAGGCCAGCUCCUCUUUGGGAACAUCUGGUGGAUCUCAGAGACUUACUCCUGUAAACUGGAGCAUGGUAUUGGACCGACAGGAGGUACUGGAUGCCAUGGAGAGCACAGACUCUGGGCCGACAGUUGACCGACUGUUGGACUCAGUCUACCUGAGGAGUGGAGCUGGACUGAGGAGACUUCAGGAUUCAGCAAACAUAACCGCUUCUAACCUUCAAGGCACCCAGGGGAGUUUUCAUCUCUCCCAGGCGCUGCUUCCAGGGUGUGAUGACAACGAUGAUGAUGGAGUCGAUGAGCCUGAUGGUGCGAGGCCCUCCUUAGGCUUGAGAGGAGGACCCUGUGGUGAUGUGACUGCUGCUGAGGCCUCAGACAGUACCAGUGAGGAUGACCACAACCCCCUUUCCACUUCCCUGGAAGCCAAAUAUUUCUCCCAGAGCCUCCUCCAGGAACAAGAAGAUUCUGAUGAUGGGUGGAAUCACUGCCCUGACAACGUGGAGCUGGAAUUUCAACAAGGUGCCAGUCAUGGUGUGGUGUACCAGAAUGAGAAUGGGCAGUGGGUGACAGACCUGGCAUAUUACUCCUCCUUUGAGAAAGAAGUUAAUGGGAAAGCAUUGGAGAAUGCUAGCCAGUUUGAAACAGAGGACUUUGUUUCUGCCAGUGAUGCUAUUGAAAGGAUAGUGAAGGAUCAAGAAGAAUUUGAAAAGGAGCACCAGUUCAUGCAGGAGGAGAAGAUUGAACCAGCCAGCAGCAACAGCACCUUUCAGAGUGACUCAUCCUGGAAGCUCCCUGCCAAUGGCAACAUCUUAAUGAGGGCUUCCCAGGUCUCGUCAGAGUUUAAGCAGGAAGAUGAAAGCUACCUGCGACUCUCCUUGGGGCAGUUUUUUGGGCAACGCUCUGAAGCCCUGGGUUGUUUGGGCAUCAAUGAAGUGGAUGUGGAUGCGGUUAAACGGCCAUCCUUUGGCUACAUUAUUACCUCUCCAGAGAAGAGGGAACCAUUUCCUCUGAUUCACUCCUCAGAGUUUAGAGACAACUCUCCCCACAGUGAAACCAUGGAACUCAGUGAAGCAGACAAAACGCUCAAUCCAGAGGACCUAGAUAAAACGCUUGAAGCUCCAUCUGAAAGACUGUUAUCAAAAGGCGAUACUGAUCCAGUACCUUGUCACCAAGAGGACCAUCCUGUUAGUGCUGCACUGCCUGACAGCAAUGAAGGCUCAGGCUCCGAGUCAUCCCUGGCUAACCAAAGCUGUGUGUCCCCUGACAUUAAUGCCAGUAAUCUGAUGCUUAGCAUCAGUACAAUUUCUUCAGCCAUUGCUAAUGCAUCCAUCAGCACUGACCCAUCACAGUUAGCCGCCAUGAUCAUGGAGCUGUCAAAGAAGAGUAAGGUGAGGAAUCGUCCAACAUCUGCAAGGCUUGUCGGUCCCACUUCAGCUGAAGAGGUCCUUUCUGAGCCAAAUAAGGGCACCGUUUUAGACACACUGCAGAGAAGCACAUAUGUUGGAGAGAUGAGUGCCUUUGACAUGGAGAAAUACCUGAAAAAGACUGAUGUGUCUGGCAGCAGUGAUUCCUAUGGGGCACACACUACCUUUGACUUGAGUGGUUGGGUUGACAAUCUGAGCAGUUCUCAGAGGAACCCUCACGCAGGAUAUCCUGAGAAACAGGGGAACGCAGCUCAGCAAGUGGACAGUGAGACUACACAGUUUCCUACAAGUACCAAAGUUAAGGAGAAAGACAGAGAGGGAGAGAUGACAUUGACAAACCAAAGCUCAUCUGCAAUGCAGCUUUCUGGUGCAUUAUCACCUCCUAACAGUGUUGACUCAAAAAGGAGCUCUAUUCCUCAUCAUCAUCCUUCUUUCAGCUCUGCCAGAAGGUCUGUGGGCUCAGGGCAACCUUCCACACACAAGCCUCCUGCAGACGCAACGGGAUCUUGUGAUAAAACUUGUGCUUUGUCAACCAGUACUUAUGGUUCCUUAGGCGGGACCUCUGAAAAAAAUGGAAUCAGGCUGGGCGAAGUGAAUCCACAAGCAUCCAACAUUAGCUCUUCAGAAACCUCACAUAAGACUGAUAAAAACUUAUCCUCAACCACCCCAGGCUGGAGGAAAGGGCAGUCAGGCCUCCCUGGCCUUAAAGGUUCCUCUCCCCAGACCCAGAGGCUGACUAAUGCAGACCACCAGCAGCAGGACAGACCCAGUGAUUCUCCAGAGAAGAAACCACUGCCUAGGAAUACCCCUGUGGCUCCACUACCUCAUAGCUCAGUGGAGAACGCUGGCUUCUCCUGUCAAAACAUCCAGCCUCCAUUACACCCUGUAUCUGAACUGCAGAAAGAUUGUUCUGAGCCGUGUGCGGAGGAGACACAGUGUAACUUCAGACCGUCCACCUCUCCUCUUACCCACUCCUCUCCAAGUCAGACCUCUGUUCCCAGUGCUGAGGGUGUAUUUUCACCUUCGUCAUCCAGUGGAGGCCUGGCAGACAGACGUCCGGGUCUUGAACUCUCCCCUCAGUCUAUUUGUUCCAGUCCCAGUCUCAGUAGGCUUACAUACAUCUCAAUGCAUGAUGGCACUGUUGUACCUACACCUGAGAGGCAAAAGAAUAACCGUACCAUGGCACUGAGCACCACCAUCAUCAGAUUCAGUCCAACCCCACCUGUGGAACCUGAUGAACAGUCUAACCUGGAUGUUCUUGGCCUGGCCAGAAACCUUGAUCAGGUUCAACCACAGCAUUCUAAAAGUCUGGACCCACUACCAGCGCAGCAGAGUAAAAGCCCAGAGCCCCGUAGUGGUUCUGCUCUGAGCUGUACCCGCAGCCAGAGUGAGUGUAACUACCACUGCACUGGGGACAGAGUUGGUGACAUUUCAGCAGGUUGCAAAAACCACAGGCACCUCUCUGAGUCAAAUGUAAGGCAACUCACUAAAGUGGACUCAGGCUACUGCAGUAAUCUGAACAUUCAGCAAAAUAGCAACUCUGCAGCUCCCCUCAGCUCCCAGCAGUGGGGCACCGCUAGCUCAGUGUCGUCGUCCGUGUAUGCCGGUGGCCUCGGCAUGCUUCCGCCCUACUUGGCGGACAGACUUCACUAUGUGCCCAUCCACAGUUUUAAGUCUCAGUGUCCUGGAAUGAUUGACCUUCCCCACCAAGGAGAUAUGCAGUCCCUCCUCACUGGACGCUCCCUUUUUAACUCCCAGCUGCCUCAGCAGUAUUUGGGACCUGAAGCACAGCUGCAUCCUAGUGUUUAUCAUGUGGGAGCCACAGGAAACGAUCUCUACAGUGUGACCUCCACAGGCAUACUGAACAAUGAUCUAACAGUGAGACACCUUCACCCCAAUUUAGGUCCUCCAGGAAUUUCCGGGGCUGCUGGUUCCCAUCACCUCCCCAGACCACAUCAGAGCCAACAGGAAGUGGGAAUGAUGGGGAAAGCCUACAGUCAGUAUGGUGUGGAGCCUAUGGGGACAAAUGGUCUUGAGGAACUGAGAGGCCAAGUGGUGGUGCCAGAGGAACUUCGGUUCCCUCAUGCCUGCUGUGUGGGCAUCGCCUCGCAGACCUCCCUCAGCCUCUUUAACCCUUCUGAGAGAUGGCAGCAAGUGUCAAUCACUGUCACCAGCCUUUCCAUUGAUGGAGAGAAGGUGGACAGUUUGCCUUAUCAGUGGCUGAUGGUGAAGAACAAGACAAUCAUUGGCCCCAAGAGUACAGAGGAGCAGAAAGUGUUGUUCAUCCCUCCCCAGGCUGGUGUCUACCAGUGCAUCCUCAGUGUUUACUCUUGGCCUGCAGCUGCUGAGACAGAGGUGGCUGCCAGGGCGAACAUCUUUGCCAGAAGGGUGGCACUUGUCGCUAUAGCUGAGAACCCUUCUCUAGAGAUUGAAGUUUCCAAAUCUGGCUGUUUGGAUUUUGGAGACCUUCCAGGAGGCAGCGCCAAAUCUCUUCCUGUGAAAGUGCUCAACAGGACUCAUGCCACAGUACCCAUCCGUCUGGUCAUCAGUGCAAAUGCUACAGCAUGGCGGUGCUUCACCUUCUCUAAACACCCUGUUACCAUGACAUCUGAGGGCGCACAGCAGGCUGGACACAUGACCCCAGUGUCCUCUCCUUUGGUGAUGAAUCAUGUGAUGCAUGCCAGCUACGGCGAGAAUCCAGAAAGCUUCAUGGUCUGGGUUCAUUUCAAGGCCCCUCAGAAGUACACAGUCUCUUCAGGGGAGCUUGGUCCGGCUGACGAGUACAGUGCUCGAGUGGACAUUGAAGUGGACUGCCCUGGUCCGAGUCAUGUGAUCAGGAGUAUUCCACUCAGAGCCAGGUCUGGAACUGCAAGGGUCCAUGCUCCUAAAGAUCUGCAGACCGUUAGCCUGUCUGCUCCACUGGGGAAAUCUAGUCAACAGACGUUGCCAUUAAAGAAUGCGGGAAACAUUGAUGUGCAGCUAAAACUCAAGAGCAGUGAGGCUGAGAACAGUUUUUCUGUGACACCUGAUGAACUGUUCCUAGGAGUGGGAGAGGAACAAGGCAUUGUGGUGUCUUUCAAAGCAAAGGGCAACAGGAAAUCUAGAGAAAGCCUUCUCACCAUCUUGGUGCUACCAUCAGGACCACAGUAUGAAGUAAUUCUGAAAGGAGAAGUAAUCCCUGAAGACUCUGGAAAACGUGCACUUCCUGCUGCUGCUGCUGUCUGUGGCCCUGGUCUGACCAAUGACGUCCCACCAAUCCUCUCUAAUAAACAGUUCGUAGCCUGGGGAGGGGUCACCCUGGGACGAGCUGUCCAACAGAAGCUGGUUCUAAGGAACAACUCGACCGACGCUUCACAGCAGCUGCGCUUGCUCAUUCGUGGUCAAGACCAGGACUGUUUUCAGCUCCAGAGUAUGUUCAGUCCUGAAGAGCGAUUGACCCGGCAUGGAGAACUGUCCAUUCGUCCCAAAGAGGAUGUUACCGUCCAUCUGCUCUUUGCUCCCACCAGGGUGGCCUGCAUGUUGGCCAAGCUGGAGAUCAAACAGUCUGGAGUUCGGCCUUCACAACCAGGGGUCAAAUUCACCAUUCCACUGUCUGGCUACGGUGGUACCAGCAACAUCAUCCUGGAGGAGCAGAGGAAACAGGCAGAUGGCUACGUGGCUACACUGACCGACAUUGCUGCUGGUCGCAUCAGCAAAGUUUGUCUGUGUGUGAGAAACACUGGUUCUAGAGCAGCUUUCAUCAAAGCUGUGGCCUUCUCUGAUGUGCAGACACGAUCGGUUAUGGAGCCCUCCAUCAUCAGCCUCGCCCCUUCACAGUUUGUACUGAAGGAAAGGACACAAGAGGUGAUCACUGUGCUAAUGAAGUCCACCCAAAGAGAGCAGAGCCUGUGUGAGUCGGCCAAUGCCCUGUUGGCUACAGUCUGUCUGUUCUGUGGAGAUGAGGUCUCCAGGCAGCAGUACAGAAGAUUGCUUCAGAGCAAACCAGAAGUUGUGCGGAAAGCUCUGUCUGAGAACAGUCUGCUGAAAAACAUAGACUUCAAUGAAAAGUUCCUUGGAGAAGAAAAUGUUACAGAGACCUACGACCUUCCCCAGCGGCCCAAUGAGGCUCACAUCUUCUAUGGCAACAUGAGUAAGGUGGUGGUGUCAUUGCUGGGAAGUACAAACAGCAGAGACUGUGAGGAGAGCGAGCGUUCUGAGCUGCUCCUGCCCUCCACCAGACACAGCUCAGAAACAGAUAGUGGUUCAACAAAUGGCAAUGCGUCUCUGGAUGUGCUGCCAGUGAAGGGUCCCCAGGGUCCAGCACUGAGAGUGGCAGAGCCUUCCUUAAAGGUUUCAGAACCAUUACACAGGCAGCCUGAGUCCUGGACCAUCCACCCAGAACAGCUCGUCCUUGCUGCUCCCACCAUCACUGGUGCAUCCACCACUAGUCACGUUCAGAUCCGGAACAGCACUUCCAGAGAGCUCAACUUUGAUUUGUCCUGGCCCGCUCACUGCCUCACCAUCACCCCACAGCAUGGAGUUAUCGAGCCUCAGUGCCACCUGCAGAUUUUGGUCAGCCCCAACCCCUCACUAGCAACCAAACCUGCCCUGCUGCCAUGGAGCGGACAGAUUUAUGUUCAGUGUGACGGUCGACAGAAGUUUAUAAAGGUUCAGAUACGACGGGACCUAGCUUUGGAUGUGUCUGCAGCCCCAGCAGAUUCUACUCUGUCAGCCCUGCCUCCUCAAGCUGCUACUCCCGUGCUGCCUGUGGCCAGGCUCACCAAGCCUUUGCUAACACCCCAGACACCUCUGGACCUGCUGGAGAUCAGCAACAAGACAAUCAUCUUCCCCACCACUCCCUCAGGGGAAUCAUCUGAGGCCCAGCUGGAGGUACAGAAUGGGGAAGUAGAAGUGAGGUGGUACCUCUCAUCAUUUGCCCCACCAUAUGUCAAGGGGGUUGAUAACACUGGAGACGUUUACCGGGCCACCUACACAGCUUUCAGAUGUUCCAGGGUCUCAGGAACCCUGGGAGCCCAUGAGAAGAUGCAGGUGCCCAUUAGCUUCCUGCCCAGGGACCGCGGUGACUAUGCUCAGUUCUGGGACUUGGAGUGCCAUCCUGUGUCUGAGCCCCAGCAGAAAACCAGAAUCCGCUUCCAACUCUGUGGCACUGGCGUCAGGUCUGGACCAAUGGAAGGACCAGAGGAGGGAGACUGCUCAUUGGUGAAGACAGAGGCUCCAUUCAAGACCAGGAAGAGAGCCGAUGCCUCAGCAGUGAAAACCAGCCAGGAGGAGGCUGUGUGGAGGGGUGUGCAUUCUCCACAGGAUCUGUACACCUUCCCAGCCACACGGGUGGGUGAGUCCAGCACUCUGAAGGUCAGCUUCCGCAACAACUCGUCCGACACGCAUGAGCUGAAAUUUGUAAACCCUAGGGAGCCCUUCCACAUCAAGCAUUCCAAAUACUCCCUGAGAUCACAGCACUAUCUGAAGCUACCCGUCCAGUUCAAGCCCAGCACUGCAGGCAGACACGCUGGCUUGCUGCUCAUCCAGUCAGAAACAAGUGGAAAUCUUGUUAUUCAGCUGACCGGUGAGGCACUGCCUUGAAUUCACCAUCUACCAUCCUACGCCACCUCCUCAUGCUGCCUGGUUUUGGGUGGAUGCUCUUCUCUCUACUAUUCAUCAUGGGACAGAUGAGAGCAACAGAGAAGAAAAGACAAACUGCUAGGGAUGAAAUGAAAGCAACCCCGGAUUGAAAUUCUUCCUAGUUGUCAUAUUUGGAGAUGUGGACUGAGACUGUGCAGCCAACACAACCCCACAUGCCUCUGGAGAAGGCGCAGGUGUCCUCAGCAGGCCCAUGAAAAAUGACUGUGCCUGUUUGUGCUUGAAGCCGAAUGAUUUAAGUCCGACUGGCUCUCAAUUAAUCUGCACUGCUCUGAAAUUUCAGAGAGCUAAUGAUUUUUGUCACUUGACUCUGGAUCUGGUAUUUGUUUUGUCCCUGAGUCAUGUCACAAGGCAGCAGUGUUGUUGCCGUGGCCCCUGUCACACUGUAGCAGCACCAGUUGAGAUACAUUGGGGAUUACUUGGAGUUGGUCACACAGGAAUGCCUUUGUCUGUUGUUUGGUAAUAUGGCUGCUGGGAUUUUGUUUUGGGAAAAGCAACACUGUGGCCUUUUUGCCGUGUUACAUAGUAGAACUCUGACAAAGAAGGCUUUUGUCUCCAAACCUGAUGUGAUGCAGUCAUUUCUGUCAUUAACUCCUGAUUGUAAAAAUGACCACAAGAGAUUUAAGGAUUCUGUUUUUCUGGAGUCACUUAAUUUUAAAAUUACUAUUCGAGGUCUGUCUACAUUUCAGAAGGUUUUCCUCAUCGUCUGUACUGGUGCAGUUUCUAUGGAGAUGGCUCCUCAUCAUGCAGAGCCCACCUGCACAGUGGCCUUUGUCAGCACCAUGUGUUGACUUCCCAGCAACCUCCAAGAAUUGUUCCAAACAGUCCAGAUGUGCUUAAUUUAGUCAUGAUCAGGGCAGCUCACGGCAACAUUAGGAUGGUUAAUGAUUGUUAUUACAUGCUAAAAGAGUUUCCUCUGGUGGGGUUUUUGUUCGGCACUUUGCCAGGCCUGCUUAGUAUGGUUACCAUGGCAAAACUGUGUUAAUCACUGUUCCAGUCGCAGAAAAUUAGCUCCCCAUUUCCUCUUUUGGCUCUGGGGCAAAUGGCCAAAAUUGCUUGGGGGCAUUGGAUCCACUUUCAUAAUCAGUUUUGGAAGUGGAUCGGCACAGGGAAAUGUAUGUAAACUUCAUCAAGGAUGUGUUGUUAACCUGUUAGAUGGCACACGUGUGACAACACACUGGGAAAAACACUAGUGUUUAGCAUUAUUUUUCUGAUUGUAUGGCAAGUUUUCAUAUGAAGGCAGUAUGCCGUCAUCGGUAGCUCUCAACCAUCCUGACACAUUUGGUUUUACAAUUUGCACAUGCUUUAAAUAGUAUAUUAUGUAAUAUAUUGUUGUAUGUACACAUUUUAAAUAAAGUUUUGUGAUAAAUAA